ACUGUGCUAGGAGUAGCUAGAGCUCGCGUGCCUGCCUGGGGGCGCAUCGAGCCGCAAGUCGUACGCACCAUCAUCAUCAUCCGCUUAUCGCCGCCGCUUUUUAAGGCUCUUUGUCUCGAUCCACCUCUCCUCCCUCUCCUCCUCCUCCUCCUACCUACUUUUCUCUCUUUCCCACCCCUCCAAAGUAUUUUCACUUCGACGUACAUAGUCUAGAUACGGGCUUGUCUUGCCUACUCUACCCAUUAGGCUACCGCAGUUGCUGCAGCGGCGAAGAUCUGCAUCAUCAUGUCUAGCGGCAGCAGCAGCAUCUUGACCUCGUUCACGGGGGCGCUGCAGGCGUCGGUGGCCGUGCUGCUGACCGUGUGCUCGGGCGCCAUUGCCGCGCAGUUUAGGCUGCUGAGCGAGAGCAGCGCGAAGGACAUCUCCAAGACGUGUGUGAGGCUGUUUUUGCCGGCGCUGUUGAUUCAUAAUGUGGGUUCUCAGCUGCAUUUGGAUACGGGCAUCAAGUACUUGCCUAUCUUGAUCUACUCCAUAGCGUACAACACACUCUCCAUGGCCGCCGGCAUUGCCAUGGUGCGCGUCUUCAAGCAGCCCGGCUGGGUCGCCCCGGCCCUCGCCUUCAACAACACGACGUCGCUCCCCCUGCUGCUCGUGCAAUCCCUCGAAGCGACAGGCAUCCUCGCCUCGCUCGACCCCUCGGAAGGCGUCGUCGACCGCGCCAAAUCCUACUUUCUCGUCAACGCCAUGGUCAGCAACUCGCUGACGUUUGCGCUGGGGCCGCGGAUGCUGAACGGGCAAGAGGAGGACGCGCCGGACGGAGGCAAGGGCAAGAGCAACGAGGACGAGGACGAGGAGGACGGAGCAGCAGAAGAGGACAGCGAGGACAACGACGAGCAGGACGACAACGACGACGACAACGACCGCCCCACCGAGGAAACCUCCCUCUUGCCCUCCGCCCUCGUCCGCCGCGGCCAACGCGCUGCCAGCAAGACCCGCGCCCGCGCCCAGCACCACCUCUCCAAGCUCCCGCCCUGGGCGCGCUCCACCCUCGACAUCAUGUACCAAUUCCUAAACGCACCCUUAAUCGGGGCGGUGAUCGGUGCGAUCAUCGGCCUAACGCCCGCGCUGCACCGGCUCUUCUUUUCCUCGCCGCAAGAAGGCGGCUACUUCAAAGCGUGGCUAACAGCCGCAAUCAAGAACGUAGGUGACCUCUUCGCAGCGCUGCAAGUGGUCGUCGUGGGCGUGAAGCUCAGCGCUGCGCUCGUCAAGAUGAAGCAAGGGCGUGAGGCGGGCGAGGUGCCCUGGCGCCCGUUUGCGGCCGUCACGGCCGUGCGCUUCGUCCUCUGGCCGCUGGUGUCGAUUCCGCUGAUCUGGGUGCUCGCGACCAAGACGGGCUGGCUCGGCAAGGACGAUCCCAUUCUCUGGUUCGCCAUGAUGUUGAUGCCCGCUGGCCCGCCCGCUAUGAAGCUUACGGCCCUGGCGGAUGUGAAUGGCAGUGGUGAGCAGGAGAAGAUGAGCAUCGCCAAGUUUUUGACCCUCUCCUACCUCGUCUCCCCGCUCAUAUGCUUCUCGGUCGUCGGCAGCCUCAAGGCUUCAGAGGCCGCUGUGUCGAUGCGGCAGUGAUUUGGCUCGGGGAAGCCCGCUGCUGCCCUUGCCUUGGAAUGUCAAUUAACAUGGCAUUUGUGAGGGGUCUGGCGUCUUGAUAGACACACUGGCCGACUAGACCGUAGAAAAAUAGAGAUAGGGCCAUUCGUCUCUCUAGAAAAGAAGAAGAAAAAUCAAGGACCUUGUUACUGUUACAC